UGCUAGCUCCAGGUGUUUCCUCAAAAUCCGGGUGCCACACAGCUUCAAAGCACCUGCCCCAUGAUGGUUCAACUUAAAGAUGAGUCUGCAUUCCUCAGCUGCAGAUGGCCCUGCAGAGCCUGGACAGUGAGGGGACAGUCUGCUGUUUUUGAACCUCCCCAGCUUCCCAGCUUUCUUGGGUCCUCAAAGAUGUUGCUGCACCCCAGAGAGCAGGAGGCUGUCUAAAGAGUAUGAUGACCCUGUGAGGCCUCAUGGAUCACCCCUUCCUAUUUUCUCACUGUACACAGUAAAUAAGAGGAAGGGAUGUCUGUAACCAACAACCACCCACGUUCCAGAACCAGCCUCCUCUCAGACCCUCAGUGCUAGACACCACACCAUCACCAGUCACCAAAUGUGACGCAUUUCCACUGUGGCCAUAAGUAGUGCACCUUUAUCCUCCGCAGGUCUUUUUCUCUUCCAACCACUACCCACCCCCAAUAAAUCUCUCACAUGAAGCCUGUUCUGUGGUGUGACCUUUGCAACAUCCCUUAGCCCUCUGAUCCAUGCGAGAACUCUAAGAAGCCUCCCAGGGAACGAUCAAUAUGGAAGGGCUCAGCCCACUGGAGGUAAUCCUGGCUGGUGGUCAUGGAUUGUUCAAGAAAACAGGUUGAGCAUGCCAUGAGGAACGAGGUAGUUAGCAAUGGUUCUCAUGGUCUCUGCUUCAGCUCCUACCUCUAGAGUCCUGCCUCAAGAUCCUGCCCUGAAUCUCUUCAAUGAUGGACUGUGAUGUGGAAGUGGAAACUGAAAUAAAUCCUUUCUUCCUCAAGUUGCUUUUGGUCAUGCAUGGGGUCUUAUCACAGCAAUGGAAACCAUCACUAAGACAGAGGUGCACAAGGACUCUACUCUGCUCCCUGAGUUCUCCUGCAGCACAACCCUAGCCUCCUCUUGCCCUGGAGCCACAACCCUCUUUACAGCUCCUAGGGAUCUGAUUCGCUUUGACCUCCCACUGGGUAGCGCGAUCUUGGUCUGGUUAUAAAGUCCAGGCAGCCUGACUCAGACCUGUCCGGGAUCUCGGAUGGGGGCCAUGGCGCCGCCCACGCUGCUCCUGCUGCUGGCGGCUGCCCUGGCCCCGACUCAGACCCAAGCCGGCUCACACUCGCUGCGGUAUUUCACCACCGCGGUAUCCCGGCCCGGCCUCCGGGAGCCCCGGUACAUGGAAGUGGGCUACGUGGACGACACGGAGUUCGUGCGCUUCGACAGCGACGCGGAGAAUCCGAGGAUGGAGCCGCGGGUCCGGUGGAUGGAGCGGGAGGGCCCGGAGUAUUGGGAGCGGGAGACACAGAGAGCCAAGGGCAACCAGCAGUGGUUCCGAGUGGACCUGAGGACCCUGCUCCGCUACUACAACCAGAGCGAGGGCGGCUCGCACACCUUCCAGGUGAUGUCUGGCUGUGACGUGGGGUCGGAAGGGAGCCUCCUCCGCGGGUAUGAGCAGUUCGCCUACGAUGGCCAAGAUUACAUCGCCCUGAACGAAGACCUGAAAACCUGGACUGCGGCGGACACAGCGGCACGGAUCACCCGGAGCAAGUGGGAUCAGGCUGGUGAUGCAGAUUAUUACAAGGCCUACCUGGAGGGCACGUGCGUGGAGUGGCUCCGCAGAUACCUGGAGCACGGGAAGGAGGCGCUGCUGCGCUUAGAUCCCCCAAAGGCACAUGUGACCCUUCACCCCAGACCUGAAGGUGAUGUCACCCUGAGGUGCUGGGCCCUGGGCUUCUACCCUGCUGACAUCACCAUGACCUGGCAGUUGAAUGGGGAGGACCUGACCCAGGACAUGGAGCUUGUGGAGACCAGGCCUGCAGGGGAUGGAACCUUCCAGAAGUGGGCAUCUGUGGUGGUGCCUUCUGGGAAGGAGCAGAAUUACACAUGCCGUGUGGAGCAUGAGGGACUGCCUGAGCCGCUUUCCCAGAGAUGGGAGCCUCCUCCAUCCACUGACUCCAACAUGGAAACCAAUGUUGUUUCUGUUGUUCUUGGAGCUGUGGCUGUCAUUACAGCUGGGGCCAUCAUUGGAGCUCUGGUGGCUCUUGUGAGGAAGAGGAGAAACACAGGUGGAAAAGGAGGAGUCUACACCCCUGCUCCAGGUAGUACCCUGGGCAGUGACAGCUCCCAGAGCUCUGAUGUGUCUUUCUCAGAUUGUAAAGGUAACUCUUGGUCUGACUUGGGAGUGGCAAUGUGGACAUGA